AUGGGUAAGCAUCGCCAAACUUGCGCGGCGUCCGCGGACGACUCGGACGUGGAAAUUAUCGCCGAGAUCAAGUCGCCGGCGACGAAGCCGAAGGCGGUGGCAACCACGCCAAAGCGACUCGGCAAGAACAGCCCUGUGCGCCUCCCGAAGUCGCCGUCCAAGAUCAGGCGGAGGCUGUACGGCCCGCCGGCUGCGGCCUCGGACGGCCCCCCGCCGCCGCAGGACCGCCCGGCAGAAGGCAGUGACGGACCCGCCGUGGUCACACCGCACCCGUUGGGUACGGAGCUGUCGAAUCGGACCGAGGCGCCGGAGGCGAGGUUGACGAAUGGCGAGCUCGUGUCGGACGAGGCGGAGCGGAGGCCCAGAGCGCUGCCGCGCCUGUCGAGUGACGUCACUGCGGCGACCGCGAGCGGCGCAGACUCCUCCGACGUGCAGGAGGAAUUUGACGAGGAGGAUGAGCGGCUGCUGUCGCAGGAGUUCAGUCAAGAGGUUCCCGAGGCGCUUGGACUGGUGUCGCCGCAACAGCACAGCAUUCCCUACUACCUGCAGAACUUCCUCUUCAUUCUGGAGUCGGUGCAGGGCGACCCGCUGAACAGACCGCUGAUCAACGCCGAUGACACGGACGUCAUCUGCCGCUUCAACGGGCUGCCGCUGCCGGCGCAGAUGCUGUACGUGCGCCUGUUCCAGCGCAAGCACGGCUGGCUACGCUCCGACCGGCUGCGCUACGCGGAGCGACGCGCGCGCGCCCUGCUUGGCUCGUGCGUGCGCCUGGCGGCCGGGCCGCGGCGCGUGCUGCUGCGCGUGCUCAGUCUGUUCUCAGUGCCGCUGUACGAGGAAGACGAGGACACGAGCCAGCAGCUGCUCACGCUGCUCAUGGUCAACCUGGGGCGCAUGGUGUAUCCGGCCGUCACCGUACGCAAGAGCACGGCUAUCUUCGGCACGCGCGACGACCUGCUGCGCUACGAGACGGCGAGCCGGCUGGAGCGCGAUGUGCGUGCUGCCAUGGCCGCCAAGCAGUGGGAGGAGGCGUACCAGGGCUACCUAGCCUCGCGUGACAUGUGCGUUGAGCUCUCGCACGACGCCGCCAUCGAGCGCUUCGACGCCGCGCUCCCGCUGUUCCUGCGCAAGUUCACGGCCGUCUCCAUCCUGAUGUACGUCUGGACCAAGGGCGUGGAGCUGCUGCAGCGGCGCAAGGACUACGAGGGCGCCGUACGCCUGCUGCGCGCCCUGCUUGCGCAGCGCACCUACCUGCCCGACUACCGCGGCUUGUGGCACGACCGGCUGGCGCUGAACCUGCAGCAGCACCUGCGGAGGCCUGACGAGGCGCUGGCGGCGGUGCGCGCGGCCCUGGACGACCCGGCCGUGCGCGUCGGCCGCCGGCUGGCGCUCGAGCAGCGGCUGGUGCGACUGGCGCCGGGCGUGCCUGCCGCCCUACAGCCGGCCGAUCUGCCCAGCGUGGAGGUGGAGGCGCGCUGCCUGCCGCGGGACGUGCCCGGCCUUAAGAUGGUGUUCCUGCGGCCGGAGGGGGGCGGCGAAGCCAGCGACGUCACCGUGUGCUCGGUGGAGGAGCUGGCGCUGCAUCACUACGCCUCGCGCGGCUACGACGAGGGUGUACACCGCGAGGCGGCGCCCACCACCACGCUGUUUGCGCUGCUCUUCUGGGACUUGCUGUACGAGGUGGACGUGGCGGACAGCUUCUGCAGCCCGUACCAGUCACUGCCGCUGGACCUGAACUCGCCGGCGUUCUACGAGCGGCGCCGGACGGGCGUCGAGACGCGCCUGGCCGAGCUGGCGGCCGGCUCCGCCGACGACGCCUGCGACCGCCUGCGGGCCGCCUGGCAGGCGCACGAGGGCUGCGUGUCGCUGGCCGCCUGGGAUGUGUUCCGCGACUGCGAUCACGCAGAGGGUCUGCUCCGCUGCCUGGGCGUGCCACUCGUGUGCGCCAUCUGUCGCCGGCUCGCAACGGAGUACAGGUUCACGCGCAGCGGCUUCCCCGACCUGGUGCUCUGGAGCCCGGCCAAUGGCACGGCCCGCAUCGUCGAGGUCAAGGGCCCCGGCGACCAGCUCUCCACCAAGCAGAUGCUGUGGCUGCAGUACCUGCUCGAGCACGGCGCCGCCGCCGAAGUGUGCUACGUGAGGGCGGUGGGCGCGCGCCGCGCCGCCGGAGCCAAGCGCAAACCGACGAUGUCCGGCGGCCGGGCCGACCUGGUGACGCCGCGCGUGGUCCUCUGA